AUGCUGGGGCUGACCGCUGUCAUCGCCAUAGCCGCUUGCGGCGCGGCCACCUUCAUCGUCGUCUCGGUUGUCAGCGUUGUUGUUUGGGUCCGAUAUCGCAAAGAGCGCCAUGCAAUACGGCUGAUGGGCUUCACGCAGAGGCCGAGACGCACUCGGGGCUUGCAAUCUUCCCCAGGGAACACUUUGAGUGAAUUGAGUCGGAUAGAAGGGAGCAUGUUAAGAGCGCAUGGGCAGCUUCCAUAUGGCAAACCAACAGAGUGGGGGCAAUUAACAUCGAAAGAGAAUUUGCAUGGCCCAAACAACGACUCAGAAUCAUCUUUUCAGUUCACUGAGAAAGCACGAUCUCUCCGCGAUUCCCUGUCUCGAUCUCGUUCCAAGCGCCUAUCACGAUCAUCCCACAAACGCAUGAGCUCGUUAGCUACGUUGGGUGAAUUGAGCGAAUCCAAUCAUCUUCCUACUCCGCCGCCUAGAGCACCAAUGUCGAUAUCAAAAGAAGAUGUCCCACUUUCGGCGGUCGAGGGUGUUUUGGAAUUGCCAGCAGAAAAUACUCCACGGCAAACACCAGAUCCUAACGAGGAGGAAACUGGGUUCCACCUAGGUAUGAAGCCCGUUUCGCCUGGAUGGCCCCUUCCUGUUUCGGAAGGCCUUAGCGUGUCUGAUUCGUUGGAUUCAACAACCUCCAAUGAGUCUCCUAGUCGUCUCCGUGGGGGAAGUAUUGCUAGCCAAACUGCUGGGACGAUGCCUUGUCACUCAGUACCCCCUCCUCCUCCAACUGCAUAUUCCCUAGACAGAUUUAGUUACGCUAGGAAUGACUCUGUGAUGAGACUUUCCUCCAUGAGUCUUGAUACCACCAAUAGCUCAAUUUUGGAUGAUGGUAGAAAUGGUCCUAACUCGGCUGAUACCGAUCUGACCUCACCCAGCUUCCCCUCGGGCACGUUUGUACCUUUCAGUGCCGCUGAUGUUGGAGUCAAGGAUGGUCGCAGGAGUUUCAUUGCCACAAACACCUCCAUCCCACCCAUGCACAACUUCCCUGUCCGCUCUUCUUCGACCACUGAACAUCGUCAUAAAUCUGCAUACUUGCCACCUCGACGAAGUUUGACAACUCAUCACUUCGGUGCAUCUAGAAAUCGUUUUAGCGGUGCCCCACAUCGAUCUGGCUCUAUGUCUUCAUCUCAUUCCCGUUCCCCUUCAAGGCAGGUCUCUUCGCGGUCUGGGACUCCAGUGGGGCAUUUGGGAUAUCAAAAUCCAGCCCCGUCCGACUGGCGAUCAUCGGGUUCCCACAAGUCCUCUGUACUACAUGCCAAUCUAUUCCAAAGCAACACGGCUUAUGAGUAUGACCAAAUGGAAGAUGACCCAUUCUACGUUCGCUCGCCUGAGGGUGGGACUCUGUUCCAUCAGGUUAGGUCACCAGGUAACGCAGCCAACACCAUCAAACCACCAAGCCCGAUGCAACGUGCCAGUCUAAAGGGCCAUCUUCCCUCUGCGCUCAAGGGUGGGAAUUCACAACGCAAGGGUCACCGACGUCAGAAUUGUGUUCGUAUUUCUAUUCACCCGCCCAUUACGUUUGGGUCAUCGACAUUCUCUCCUACCGUCGAAGAGGAACCAGAAGAUUUCGACAAGAUGGAUGAGGUGGAUCUACGUGAGAUCUCAAUCAACAACCCACCAAGAUUUAUGCCUUCAUUGCCACCAGGUACAGGGUCUCCCCUGUCCUCUUCCAGGCGCAGCAAAUAUGGCAGUCGACAUGGCAAGCCUGGCCUAGGCUCUCUCGGACCACUCGUCGAGGAACCGCAACCCCCAAUGUACGACGAUAGUCCUUGCAAGAAGAAAAUCCGUGCUCCGUCUGGCCCGGCUGCCAAUAGGCCUGCAUUCGAAAACAAUCGGGCUCUCCCUGAACUGUUUACAUCUCUCCCUUCGUCUCAUGGCAUCUCUCUCACCCAUAUUCCCUCUCCCGACAGAGCACCGCCUGUAUGGAACAUGUCUGAAACUCCAUUCUCAUCUCACGAGAACUCCCCUGCCAUCGGUAGCCCACGACGCUCAGCAGUAAAGGGGCCUCGCAGCCAACCCGGUGUUAUCACAGCUCGAAGCAAGUCAACUCGCGUACCCUCAGCCUCCUCGGAUGCACCAGAAAGUCCCUUGGUCUCGCCUAAUCGCCUUCCUCUUGUCAUGAGUAUCACCGGAACAGAAGGCAGUGACUGGCGUAGGUCCACAGAUACACUGCAACGCACGAAGACUGAUGCUUCAAACCGCUCAUUCCGCCGGGACCGUGAUUCCGUUUCCAGCUUGGACAACGGGCUGGGUCCCAUCGGCGGUUCUUCUGCACUCUACGGCUCCCGUCGCUCCUCAAGGGUCCAAGAUCGCGUUACUAUCUUCGAAGAUUCCAAGCGGGCUACCUCCCCUCCUAAAACCUCCGUGUUGUCCCCAAUUGGGUCGUUCCGCACGCCUGAAUCCUCUCCCACCCGUCGCAAGACCAAUGGCCCCCGUCCCAUGCCCAAUAACCAACAAUUACCGUCUCAUAUGUCGAGCUACCAUGCACCCCCUACUCCUACUUCUCCCCGACGAGGAAUGACUACUCCAACGGGCAAGGGCCUCGAACUUGGAAUUGGAACUGCCACGCCUGCUAGUCUUUAUGACGGCGAUGGGUUCCUACGGGAAUAG